UCCUGAAUCGGAAGCUUCGUUUGCUUUAUCGCAAUGUAUGGAGACAUCACCACAGUGGCAGGGAGAAGAUUCCACUGAGUGAUUAUGCUCUGGAAAACCUGGAGCAGCUCCAGGAAAAAGAUGAUUCCAGUAACAGAAUCGUCUUUAAGGAUGAGGCAGUGAAGACAGUCAGGAAAAUCUUACAGCUGAAACAACAGAAGGACAAGCUCCUGCAACAGGAAAAAGAGCUGGACACACAGAUCAGAGAAGCUGAAUUAAAGAAAUCUCAGUGUCAGAAAAGGACAAACUCUAAAAAGUAUAAGGAAGGAUUGUCCAGGCAACACGAUCUUCAGCGAAUGUUAGACUGCUACAGACUUACAGGCGUAUCAGUGCACUCCCAAGAAAAGAACUCCUUUACUCUGUGUUUUGAUAAUAAUUUUAAAUCAAAGUUCUACGAGUCUUACUACGUAGAAUUACUGAAGCGUGACAAUGAGACAUUUGAACUGAAGCACCACAGUCUUCCCAAGUUUGUGCCGGUGGCUGAUCUAGCUGGACACCACCUUAAAGAUGACCCGUCAGAAUUUGCAUCAAAGGUCAGCGAUUACCUGUAUGCCUAUGUCACAAGGAGAGAGGAAGUUGCUCGAGUGCAGGAAUCAAUCCUGGAAAACAAGCUGCAGGUGACGGUGACUGAUGCUGUGGAUUUUGUGCAGUUAUAUCUGGGAAAGUUGACAUCUAAGGUCUCCAUCAAAGUGACCUUAACUUACCAGGAUCUCCUCCAUGUAACACCAACACGAGUCACCUUCCACACCUACAUUGAUGAUGGUAUGGACUUGCCAGAAAAUCUUCAGCCAAAUCAUGUCUUGAAGUGGAAGCAGCAACUGAAGGUUUUCCCUCUUUCACAAGCCAUGGCUCCCAUCAUUGAGGCCUUUGAGUUUGUUCAGCUAGACAAUGAGAUGGCAAUGGAGGAGGAAGAAUCACUAGAAGACAGCUCGUGAUUGAUAAAAACAGUCAUUCUGAUUGGUCAUGUGAAGCUUAAUUGCGUUAAUAUGGAAAAUAAGAGAAAUUUUUAUCGAGAAGUUUUCCUGUUCAUAUAUGUAAGAGCUCUUUACUCUAUACACAAAUCAUGUACAUAUUAAACGUGUCACAAGGUAUCAGGACCGUCUGGUCUCUUUGAAAACGAGCUUAACAAAGGGACCAGUUGAAACGUUGGGACACAUUAAAUUGUUUGUGUAUAUAGUAAAACUUUGAUUAUAUCAUAUUUCCAAACUGAAUGAAUCUUAUUGAAGAUAAUGAACAUUGUAAUUGAAACAGAAACCUUCUAACAACAUUUUGUACAAUGCAGUACAUUUGUACUGGUGUGUGUUAACAAUUUUACAUGGUCAUUGAUGAUAUACUGGAACAUAGUGUCAAAACUCAAAACUCGAACAUCAGAAUAGCUCACAAUCCGGUAAAGAACAACUUACUGGGUGCAACUAUAAAUUGAGUACAGCAUUAUGACAUUAUUUUAACAUAACAUGUAAAUAUCAAAUGUUGCUUAUUCACUUGAUAUCAUCACGUCACUAUGUUAUCAAUAUGGAAAUUUUAUUGUGUAAAUUAUGCAAUACAUUUUAAGAAGUGUUAAAUAUAAUCACGAUUUCCAUUUUGUUAUCGGAUAUUGAAUUACAUACUGUGUAUACUUGUACAGUAUUUCUCUGUACUUCAAAUAAAAUUAUAUUGUAUUGUUUGUCCUUCAUCUUUUGCACUUCCAUUUCUUUGUUGUGCUGUAAACUGAAUUUAACCCAUGUUCUGCUAGCUACAAUGUAUGUAAAGGGAUAUAUAAGGGAAAAUGUUUA